GCGUCGAAAAUACAGCACAAUGGGGGCUGUGUUCGAUUACUUUGAAGAUGUAUCCACCCUUUCUUCCUCGUGCAUACACUAAACUGUAUGAAAGCGGGAAACAAUGUUGCCACGUAUCCAUAUUUAUCUCAGAAAUGUGAUUGUUCCAGGGGAAGGAAUGUAAAAGUAUUUUAACGGAGCCUGGCUUGUAAAAUAGAAAAAGUGUGCUAAACGCUUCUUUAAAAAAAAAAUAUUAAUCUCGCGUUCUGCUUCUGACUUGUGUGGCCCAUGCAAGGUAGGCUACAGUGAAGUGGGACGAAGCCAAUGACUAUGUCAUUCCAUUUGGGACGCUCCCUGUUAUUUGUUUAUAUCUAGUUAGUUAGCGAGCUAGGAACACAAUGUCCAGUACUGAGUCCGAGGUUAGCGUUGCAGGUUCGGUGGUGUCAGACCCUCAACACUCUCAGAAACUUCUCAAGGCCCUUCGCUCCUUUUGGCAAGAACAAUGCUUCCAAGACGCAGUGUUAGUACUGGACGGGGAAAAGAUUCCAGUCCAGAAAAACAUUUUGGCUGCGGCUAGUCCAUACAUCAGAACAAAACUGAACUACAACCCUCCAAAGGAAGAUGGAUCCAUGUACACCAUUGAGCUUCAGGGAAUCUCUGUCACUAUCAUGAAGCAGAUCCUGGACUACAUCUUUAGUGGGGAGAUCAGUCUGAGUGAGGACACCAUUCAGGACAUGGUGCAGGCUGCUGACCUGCUGCUUCUGACAGACUUGAAGUCCCUGUGCUGCCAGUUCCUAGAGAGCUGCAUUGCUGCAGAGAACUGCAUUGGGAUCCGGCUCUUCUCUCUACAUUACUGUCUGCACCAUGUUCACCAUGUUGCCACAGAUUUCCUCCAGACACAUUUCCGUGAUGUGGCUGCCACGGACGAGUUCAGGGAGUUACCCCCAGACCGGCUGUGUGAGAUCCUGUCCAUGGAGAAGCUCAACGUGGGCAAUGAGAAGCAUGUCCUGGAGGCUGUGGUGCGCUGGCUCGGUCAUGACCUGGAGGAACGGAGGGUGCACAUGAAAGAGGUGAUGUCAUCAGUGUGGAUCCAGGGCCUGGACCAAGGUUACCUGAGGGAGCAGGUAUUGGGAGAGCCCUUGAUGAGGGAGGUGAUCAGGGAGUACUGCAACGCUCCACUGGGGGGUGCUGCACUGCAGGGUGAGGCUCUUCUAGCCGCCUUCAAACCUCGUGGCUACUCGGAGUGCAUCGUCACUGUAGGAGGGGAGGAGAGAGGAACGAGGAAGCCGUCAGCCAUGGCACGCUGCAUGUGUCCACUCUAUGAUCCAAACCGUCAGCUGUGGAUCGAGCUGGAACCAAUGAGCAUUGGCCGAAUAGGGCAUGGGGUGCUGGCUGCAGAGGGCUACCUCUUUGUGAUGGGUGGUAUGGAUGAAACUAAGAUGGUCCUGAGCAGUGGGGAGAAAUAUGACCCAGACACAAACACCUGGACCCCAAUUCCUUCCAUGAAACAGGCGAGGCAGAACUUUGGUGUUGCAGAGCUGGAUGGGAUGAUCUAUGUUUUGGGAGGAGAGGAUGAGGACAUAGAGCUCCUGACUGUGGAGGUUUUCGACCCUCACUUUAACACCUGGACAACCCAAACCAGCAUGACAAUGGUCCGCAAGAUUGGCUGCUAUGCCACCAUGAAAAAGAAGAUCUAUGCAAUGGGUGGUGGGUCAUAUGGAAAGCUGUACGACUCAGUAGAAUGCUAUGAUCCGAAGACCAAGCAGUGGACUGCAAUCUGCCCUUUGAAAGAGAGAAGGUUUGGCUCAGUGGCAUGUGGUGUGGGUCAGGAACUCUAUGUGUUUGGAGGCGUGAGGAGCCGUGACUCAGACAACCCAGAAUCCAGCACCAUGACCACCUGCAAGUCUGAGUUUUUCCAUGAUGAGAUGAAAAGAUGGAUGUACCUUGAUGACCAGACUCUCUGUGUUCAGACCAGUUCCUCUUUUGUGUAUGGCGCUGUCCCCAUUGGUGCCAGCAUCUAUGUAGUGGGAGACUUAGACACUGGUACAACCUAUGACUAUGUGAGAGAAUUCCGUCGCAGCUCUGGGACGUGGCACCGCACCAAGCCCAUGCUGACAUCUGAUCUGUGCAAGACUGGCUGUGCAGCCCUGCGCAUCGCUAACUGCAAACUGUUCCGUCUGCAGCUGAAGCAGGGCCUGUUUAGACUCAGGGUCCCGACCUCCUAGAUGGAGCUCAUUUAGGUGCUCUGUCUCCACACUCACAGCAAUGGAACAUGAGAAUGGAGGUUGAAGGGAUGACCCAAUGGGGACGUUUGGAGUAUUUAUCUGCAUAUUUUGGUGGCUUUCUUAGGUUCCAUCAGGGUAUUAUUCUAUGUGUGGGUACUUGCUUGAAGAGGGAUGGCUUUUUAAACAUGACGUUAUUUCAUAUGCAAUUUAACAAUGGGUAUGAUUUGUAAAUAGGUUUUACUGACCAUUUACCCAUUGCUUUUUGUUUACUACGUUCUUGCUGCUGUUUGGUGGGUUUUAAAGAAUUUAACACAAAUUUUAAGGGGAGAAAAGCAAGAAUGCCAUAGUACUGUCAUUCAUUAUAGCAUAGGUAGUCAUUUUUAAGGAAAAUCUAUACCCAUGUCUAACACUGCAUUUUUUUGUUAAAGAUCAGUCGCUGAAUGACAACGAGACAUCCCAUUUUCGUUGUUACCUUAUAGUAGCUAAGGGAUUCGUGGCCUUUGAAUAGACUUGGGCGAUAUGGACAAAUCCAUAAUUAUAUUGUGACUGAAUUGUCACGAUAAUGAUACAUUUAUUGUAUAACAUUAAUGUGCAUCGGUUACUUUUUACAUUAUCCUUAGGUACAACACUCAAAGUAGUAGUUAUCACUUGUCCUGUUAGCAUUCGCCCAUAUUAGCAGCCUUAUUUCGUUUCAAACUUCACAUUUAUUUAGUAUAGACUACUUAUCGAUAUCAGUAAGAUGUCCUCGGUGGUGGGUUUGGUUGGUGGCAAUAAUUUUUCUGGUUUAUCAUGACAACUAGAGAUACACGAGGAGACUUCUAAAAUAACAGAUGUGGUUUUACUUGUUCCCUUAGCUAAGGGACUUGUAGCCUAUAAAAUAAGCAAAAUGUUGUCUUUACCCACAAACUUAACUUAGACUGUUUUUAAAUGGACAGCUUUGAAUGAGUAAUGCCAGAAGCUGGAGCAUACUUUGUAUUGAAAUGGUAACAGGUUUUAUAUAACGUUACUGUAUCUUAAGUGAAAUCUCUUUGGGACGUGCGUGUUUAGUGAAUGUAAAGCUGAGUUAAGCCCCUUCCUUCCAUUGGUUUCCCCUUAACCAAGCACUCUAGGCACUGUGUGGGCCAGAAAUGGAUUUAGAGUUACUGGUGUCACUCUUAAGUUGCUGGAUGUAUUUUGCUGAUGACUUUUGAACUGGCUUUCCAGUCAUUGUGGAUGAUUUUCUUGGCAUCUGUUAACCCCAUUUGUUCUGUGUGAGUUACAGCUGUUGCUGUCCAUCCCAUUUGAAGGGAAACUUGUCUCUCACACGGUACAGAACUCACAGAAACAUAUUUUUAAAAUUCAUUCACACGCCUUUAUGAAGCCAACAGAGCUCAGGACACUUCUGAAAAGCACCAAGAACAAAUGUAAGAACGGGUAUCACAAUUUACAAUUAACACUGUAUACUUGCAGCAUGUUAGUGUAUUGCUGAGAGACUCAACAUUCCAUAGUCUUUAGUGUAAACUGUGAGAGUGACACUAUCUGCAUUCUAGUGGUCCAAACAGUGCUUUCACAAAACAUUCACCCAUUGUGUAACUAUCAGAACACUGUGAUAUGCGCUUUAUGCAUUGUUCUUUGAGGAAUUCUGCAAUAGUACCAUCAAGUGGUUGUUAACCAAAGUUGGGAUGUGAGAGGACCAUGAAUUCAAAUCUGUUUAUUUUUGUAUUCAAUUUUGUGGGGUAGCAAGGAAGGUGUCAUGGAAAGAGCUCAAUUAUGAGUCUUCAGUUUAACAAGAUGAUUAAACAACACUGGCCAACUCAGUAGUUAUUCCUCUGUGACUUCAGCCCUGGUUUAAAUCAAGUAGCAUUCAGGGUGUUGGAGUUUUGUUUUUAUGUUUCAGAGGAUUCAGGAGAAAAUGAAGAGGUAUUCCUCAAAUAAUCCAUUAUAUUUGGGUAAUUGUUUGUUUUAAUCUCUCGGAAACAGAUUUUCUUGGUAAACUGUUACAGAUUCAGUGACACUGUUGACUUGUAACUGUGUGUGUCUUAGAUGAGGGGCAAGCAUCGGAUUAAGACAACAGGUUUACUGAAGAUAAUCAGGAUGGAGUUAACCAAGCUGCUCUCAUGACUUUCUCAAUUUAACUAUAGUCUUGUGACUCAACACCGAGUGGCUAAUGUUAAACUGAGCCCUGAGAGACUACUGCUUCUGCUGCAGUUUGGACACAGGAUUUAGGCUGGGAUUCAGCUUGGAGCACUGCCCACUGAACUUCCACUAGAAAAGACUUGUGGCAUGUGAAGGGAAGCCUAUCAGAAAGCCACCAGCGCACUACACUGCAUUGACAAAACCUGUUUGAGAUUUACAUUGAGCAUAAUAUUUUUUUAAAAUAAUAAUGCAGAUUGUAAAGUAAUUAAUUCCACAGACAUUAAGAAACCUCAUGUUAUUCCAUAAGGUCUUGAGCUUGUUUGUAGGCCUUCAUCGUUGCAUUUCAGUGUGGUGGAUCAUUUUAAAAGACACUACAUAUGGGGUUAAAGUUCCUCAUAUCUGACAUUUCAAAACUGCAUCAUGACAGUCACUGUUUUUCUUUCACUUUCAGCUUUACUUAACAUUCAGGCAUGAGCGGCUGAGGCACAUCUGCAAUGUCGUGGUCAAGUUAAGUAAUGGGAGUGG